AAAAGAACGAUAGCCAAAGACCCAGCUCCGGGUAUGAAGCGUUCUUUUUCAGUAUAAAACCCUAGUUGUCCGGAGAAAACAUCAGAGACUCGGCCAUCAUCAUUCCUCUUCUCUAAAAUUUACCUUUUAGAGAUCCCAUCUUCCUCUUGUUCUUCGUUGAUAUUAUAUCACAAAGGAAGAAAGAAAAUCAUGGCUGAUCAAUUAACUGACGACCAGAUCUCUGAGUUCAAGGAAGCUUUCAGCUUAUUCGACAAGGAUGGAGAUGGUUGCAUCACAACCAAGGAACUGGGAACCGUCAUGCGUUCACUCGGUCAGAACCCAACAGAAGCAGAGCUCCAGGACAUGAUAAACGAGGUUGACGCUGAUGGAAAUGGAACAAUCGAUUUUCCAGAGUUCCUCAACCUUAUGGCACGUAAAAUGAAGGAUACUGACUCAGAGGAGGAACUGAAAGAGGCUUUUAGGGUAUUCGACAAGGACCAGAAUGGUUUCAUUUCUGCAGCUGAGUUGCGCCACGUCAUGACCAACCUAGGGGAGAAGCUUACUGACGAGGAAGUUGACGAGAUGAUUCGUGAAGCUGAUGUAGAUGGUGAUGGUCAAAUCAACUAUGAGGAAUUUGUCAAAGUCAUGAUGGCCAAGUUAGAAGAACUGAAAAAUAUGGAGGAAGCAGUACUACAGGUGUUGACAGAUGAUAAUGUGAACAAUUAUAAGAAGAAAAUGAAGAUCUUGUGCUUACAUGGGUUUAGAACAAGUGGAAGUUUCUUGAAGAAACAGAUCAGUAAAUGGGAUCCUUCUAUCUUCCCUGACGAUCAAUUCGAACUGGUGUUCCCAGAUGGCAUCUUUCCGGCUGGGGGUAAAUCAGAGAUUGAGGGCGUAUUUCCACCCCCUUAUUUUGAAUGGUUUCAGUUCAACAAGGAUUUCACAGAGUACACAAACUUGGAUGAGUGUAUAUCCUACCUUUGCGAGUUCAUAACAAAUAAUGGACCUUUUGAUGGCUUACUUGGUUUCUCCCAGGGAGCAGCAUUAUCGGGCCUUCUACUAGGAUACCAAGCUCAGGGAAAAGUGCUCAAGGACCAUCCUGCGAUAAAACUGUUCGUUUCGGUUUCUGGAAGCAAGUUUAGGGACCCAAGCAUAGGUGAGGUUGCUUACAAAGAACCCAUCAAAGCUAAAUCAGUUCACUUCGUAGGAGCCAAAGACUGGUUUCAACUGCCUUCUGAAGACUUAGCAGCUGCAUUUGACAAGCCACUGAUCUUAAGGCAUCCUCAAGGUCAUACUGUUCCAAGACUAGAUGAGGGUACAACCAGUCAGCUACGUGACUGGACCAUGAACAUCGUCCAGAGUGACACUGGUCUUGCAGGAAAUAGCAGUGGGCCAAAUAAUAGAGAUAUCCCGGGCGAUAUGAUGAAGCCUGUUGAAGCACAGCGAGCAAAAUGAUGAGCUAAAGGCAUCCGCAGAACACGGAGAAAAUCUGAUGAAAAGAUCUUAGAAGGCAAAACAUGUGCCGACAUGUUGGGUUAUCAUGCGCACCACAAACUGUCUCUGAUUCCAUCUAUUAAACAAGUAAUUUUGCUAUGGUACAUUGGUAUGCUUGGACUGUUUAGCGAACCAGUUGUGGUGGGGAGAAGCUUAGUAAUCCCCACCACAUUGCCAGAAUAAUCAGCAAGCCCGAGUAUUGGUUGUGUAACUCUCUGCAUAUUAUGCAGUUUUCCUCAUAAAAAGCAGUGUUGCCUUCUCUA